AUGGGUCACCUCCACCUGCUGCUUGUGGAGAACUUCAAGUCGUGGCGGGGCCACCAAGUCAUCGGCCCCUUCAAGAAGUUCACCUGUAUCAUCGGCCCCAAUGGCUCCGGAAAAUCUAAUAUCAUGGAUGCACUUAGUUUUGCAAUGGGAGAAAACCCAACUAAUUUAAGAGUAAGAAAUAUUCAAGAGCUUAUUCAUGGAGCACAUAUUGGAAAACCGAACUCUUCUUUUGCAAGUGUAACAAUUGUGUAUGUGGAGGAGAGUGGAGAGGAGAAAACAUUUGCAAGAAUUAUUCGAGGGGAAGGCUCAGAAUUUCGUUUCGAUGAUAAGCCUGUGAGUCGAACUGCCUACUUAGCAGAGUUGGAGAAGAUAGGUAUAAUACUCCAAGGGAGGAACUGUCUAGGUUUUCAGGGAACCACGGAGUCAAUGUCAUUGAAAAAUCCAAAAGAAAUAACCCAGUUUUUUGAAGAAAUCAGCACCUCAGGAAAGCUUACAGGAGAAUAUGAAGAAAAAAAGAAAAAGUUACAGCAAGCUGAAGAGGAUACACACUUCUAUUUUAAUAAGAAAAGGAGGGCAGCUGCUGAGCGCAAACGUGCAAAAUUACAGAAAGAAGAGGCAGAACGCUACCAGAGUCUUCUUGAAGAACUGGAAAUGAACAAGAUACAGCUGCAGCUCUUCCAACUAUAUCAUAAUGAGAGAAAGAUUCGUUUUCUGAGCAUUGAGUUAGAGCACGCGAAUUGGGAGUUGGGUGUCACAAAAGAGUCACUUUCUCAUCAGGAAGAUGUAGUUAAAGCCAAGAAGAGGGAACACGGAAUGUUAACUAGACAAGUACAACAAACGGAGAAAGAAUUAAAGGAAGUCGGGAAAUUGCAAGAAGACAUUGAGAAAAUCCAAACUUCUCUGAAGCAUAAACGAUCGGAGAAACGCAACAUCCUGCUUAAUUGCAAAGUUCAAGACAUUAAGGUCGUCCUCCUGCAGGGGUCCCUGGAUGACAUCAUUGAUGUGGAGGCUGUCCAGUCAGACAAGGACGUGGAGGUCCAGCGUGCACUGCUUCUGCAGCAGAUAGCCUCCCAGGAAGACGUGCUACUGAAGACAGCCACUCCCAACCUGCGAGCCGUGGAGAACUUGAGGAGCAUCCGUGACAAGUUGAAGGAGCUCACAGAAGCUUUCGAGGCCAACAGAAAUGAAGCCAGAAUCUGCAGGCAACAGUUUGAACAGGUGAAAAGAAGGAGAUACGAUCUUUUCAACCAAUGCUUUGAGCACGUGUCCGUCUCAGUUGAUCAAAUCUACAAGAAGCUCUGCAGAAACAGCAGUGCCCAAGCGUUUCUGAGCCCAGAGAACCCAGAAGAGCCGUACUUGGAGGGAAUUGGCUACAGCUGUGUGGUUCCAGGCAAGCGCUUCAUGCUGAUGGACAACCUGUCAGGGGGAGAAAAGUGUGUGGCGACGUUGGCGCUGCUGUUUGCGGUGCACAGCUUUCGGCCUGCUCCGUUCUUCGUGUUAGAUGAAAUGGAUACGGCCCUCGACAACGCCAGCCUCGGCAAAGUAAGUACCCUUCCGCUCGAUUCCAUCAGAGCGCAGAGUGGUCAGCUGACAGCAGCUGGAGGAGACUUCCCUGGCUCCACAUUGCCGCUGGCCACACUGGCGGGCAUUCGGAGUUGUGCUGAGAAGUCCACCCUGAGAGGCGAGCUCCCUGCUGGGGUGCCACCCGCACAGAUGUGGGCCUUUCAGGAAAGGCCUGGGAGCUGGCAGGUUCUGCAGUCUGAGAUACCUUCUGGUGGCAUUUGGCAAGACUACUGCACAUUCAGCCGAGUUCUGACCCUCGAUAUCUCUCAGUACCCAGACACCGACGGACCUGAGGACAGCAACGGGCAACCAGAGGCCCCCAAGGAUCCAGCGCCCUCUUGA